UCAAGAACCUCACUUUACUGAUGAUUUAUUAGUGAAUGAAAAGAAAAGGGAAGUGGAAAAGGGAGAAGCUGAUUUUUCAAAGGUAAAAAAAAAAAAUAUUGAUAAUUUUUGCAUAAAUAUGUGGGAAAGGCGAAUGGGAAAAGUUAUAAUGUGGGGAGGAGAGAAAGAGGCAGCAGUGGUGGGGGCGGUGGUGCUGAUUCUCAAGGGAUAGAUGAGUGUGGGAACAUUCUGAGCUUGGCUUUUUGCGAGAACAUUAUGUUGCUAUGGUGGCUGGCAAAGAUUAGCAACUACUCUUCUUCUUCUUUUCAUUUUUUCAUUUCUUGUUGGCCUCUUUCUCUGUUCUUGUUUUUCUUCCUCUAAAACUCUUGUACCAAUCUUGCUUGCACACUGUUUUGAGCAUUGAUUCAACCAUUCUUGAUUAGGUGAUGCUCCACGCUCAUACCAAGAUUCCUGCUGGCUUUGACUGGUGUUUCAAACUUCAUUGAUUGUACAAAAUCUUUGUUUGGGGGAAUGUGGAUCUUUGGGUUUGACUUUUUCAUUGAAGUAGUUGUAAAUUUAUAAGUUUGAGAUAUGAAAAGAAAUACUAUUAGGUAUUCUCUGUUAUUGAGCUUCACUUUGAGGGCUUUAGUGUCUAGACUUUUGAGAGCUUUAUCUUCUUCCACUUCUUGCUCUUGCUUACUUCCUUUAGAGUAGUCGAGUGAUAAGUUGUUUCGGUUUUAAAGAACCUGCAGCAGGCGAUAGACGAUGAAGUUUAUGAAGCUCGGAUCCAAGCCUGAUCAGUUUCAGAAUGAUGGAGACAAUAUCAGAUAUGUAGCAACAGAGCUGGCGACUGAUCUGAUAAUUAAUGUUGGUGAUAUCAAGUUUUAUCUCCACAAGUUUCCUCUUCUCUCGAAGAGUUCUCACCUUCAGAAGCUCGUCGGCAGCAGUACUGCAAACGACGAAAAUGAUGAGAUUCGCAUAGACGACAUUCCCGGGGGAGCUACUGCAUUCGAAGUGUGUGCCAAGUUCUGCUAUGGCAUGGUCGCGACGCUCAACGCUUAUAACGUGGUGGCAGCGCGCUGUGCAUCGGAGUAUCUGGAAAUGUACGAGACCGUCGAGAAAGGAAAUCUUAUAUACAAGAUCGACGUCUUCCUCAGCUCUAGCAUUUUCCGGAGCUGGAAAGACUCGAUCAUUGUUCUUCAGACUACAAGGUCUCAUCUUCCCUGGUCCGAGGAACUGAAGAUCGUCAGCCACUGCCUCGAUUCCAUAGCUUCCAAGGCUUCCAUCGAGCCUUCGAAGGUUGACUGGUCGUAUACCUACAACCGGAAGAAGCUCCUGUCCGAGAAGGGACACGAUCCACUCUGGAAUGGCGUGAGGAAACAGCAAACGGUGCCUAAAGACUGGUGGGCGGAGGAGCUUUGUGAGCUUCAGAUUGAUUUAUACAAACGGGUGAUUUCAACGGUACGAGCUAAAGGGAGGAUUUCUGCUGAUGUAAUCGGAGAGUCGUUGCAAGCUUAUCUCUCGAGAAGGCUCCCCGGCUUCAGCAAAGGCACGAUACGAGGUGGUGAUACGCUCAAGUACCGGUACUUGGUUGAAACCAUCACGGAGUUGCUGCCCACUGAGGUGAACUCCGUGCCGUGUAGUUUCCUGCUCAAAUUACUGCAAGCAUCGUUCGUGUUGGAAUGUGGAGAGUCGGGGAGAAGGGAGCUGAUGCAGAAAAUCGCGCAGCAGCUCGGGGAGGCAACGGUGGCUGAUUUUCUGAUACGUUCGCCUAAUGGUGAGACGGCCCUCUAUAACAUAGACAUAGUGUAUGACUUGGUUGAGCAGUUUGUGAUGCAAGAGCAUACCGACUGCUCCCUCGAUCCCGAGUUCCAUGACGUGUACGGAGGAUUCUCCUCGGAUGCUUCCAAGGCUAACGUGGCCACGUUGGUCGAUAGUUAUCUGGCUGAAGCUGCUCGAGACUCCUCGUUGCCCCUGUCCAGAUUUCUUGAUCUAGCGGCUAUGGUCUCGAGCUUUCCAAGGCAGACGCACGAUAGAAUCUAUCGUGCUAUCGACAUGUAUCUCAAGGAGCACCCGGAGAUGACUAAGAGCGAGAAGAAGAAGAUGUGCCGGUUGAUGGAUUGUAGGAAGCUAUCGGGUGAGGCGUGUGCGCAUGUUGUGCAGAACGAGAGGCUCCCGUUGCGGGUUGUUAUGCAGGUUCUCUUCUUCGAGCACAGCCGAGCAGCAGCAGGGGGAGGAGGGGGUGAUCACACGAUGCCGGAGCUACCCGGGUCUAUUAGGGCUUUGCUCCCCGGAGGGUCGUACGGGAGCUCGAGGUCUGCUACUACCAACACAGACGACGACUGGGAUGGUGAGCAGACGGCCGAGGAGCUCAAGUCGUUGAAGGCGGAGCUGGCUUCUCUGAGGCUGAGAAACAACGGAGGCGGGGGCGGGAAGAAGCUGUCGAAGCUAUGGUCGAACGAGAACAGCAGCUCGGACACGUCCGGCAGCCUCGAGGAGAGUAGAUCGACGCCUUCAAGAAGUAGGAGACGUGCAUUGUCGUAGAAUUGGUGAAUCAAACUUGUAAGAAUGCAUCUUGGAUCAUUCCCCUUUUGACUUGUUAGAAUUGCAAAGCCAGAUAUCAGAAUUUUUGGACACUAAAAGAGUGUGAUUGAUGAUAUAGCAAGUCUUGCUUUGCUCUC